GCUCAUGGCCGUAGCGCUCUGGGGGCUAACUUUGGAGCUAGCCAUGCCCGGAAAAUGCAAGUUCCAAGAUGCGUGGCUGGAGAAGGACAUUUACCGGGACUGGCUGAUGCGGGAUGUGCACGAUAUCCACUCCGCCAGAUGCCGAGCCUGCUGCAAAUUCAUCAAACUCCAGACGAUGGGCGAGGCGGCGCUCACUUCUCAUGCGGGCGGAGCGGGGCACAAAGCCGCGGUCUGCAAACUGAUGGAAGCAACAAACCUUUCUUGCCUGGAAAAUAUGCAUCACCAUCUCUCACCACAGAACUGUAUCAAUAAGAUUAGACUGAGACAAACUUUGCUGCUCCACAAGGGAAAAUAUUUGGACACAGGAGCUCACACAUCAUAAUAUAUUGUAAUAACAAAAAUUUAAAAAAUGGAGUAGAACUGAAUAAAUCAAUAAAUCAAUUUCUUUUACCAAAAUGGAAGGAAAAGAAAAUAUCUAUUUUAGGGCUGCUUGAUUAUGGAAAAAAAAAAAAUCAUUAUCACGAUUAUUUUGGUCAAUAUUGAAACACGAUUAUUUUUUUGUUACACAAUGCAUUUAUUCAGAUUUCUCUCUCAAAAAAAAAAAAAAACAACAAAACAAAAACAAAACACUUUGUUAGUGAUAAUUUCUGCAAAACUUUCAAACUGAAAAUAAAUACAGGCUACAAAUAUGAACCUUAGAGCAGUUUUGCGAUGUAUAAAACAUAAAAUGAAUAAAAUAUGUCUCUCGGCUGGCCUGGGAACGCCUCGGGAUUCCCCCGGAGGAGCUGGAGGACGUGUCUGGGGUGAGGGAAGUCUGGGAGUCCCUGCUUAGGCUGCUGCCCCCGCGACCCGGCCCCGGAUAAGCGGAAGAAAAUGGAUGGAUGGAUGGAUGAAUAAAAUAUACUUUGAACAUGAAAUAAGGCUUAGAAAAACAUAACAACAUCAAAAUAACAUAAAAAAUAAACUAUAUACCUAGCUGUUCUACAAUCUCUAUAUUUAAAAAAUAAAAUAAAUAUCCUUAUUUACAUAAAAAAUAUCCCAAAUUAAACUUUGUUAAGCUUUAAAUCGCUUCAACUCGAUUAUAUGAGUUUGGAGAUUGUUUAAUUGCACAACCUUAGUCUAUUUAGAUUAAAUUAAAUUCAAUUUUAUUGUCAUUACACAUGUGUAAAUACAAGGUAACAAAAUGUGGUUUAGUGUCUAAUUAGAAGUGCAAGGAGCAGCAAGUGCGAUAAAUACAGAAUGUGGAGUAUGUACAAUAUAGACAUUAUACAGUACAUUACAGUGUAGAUUGAAAUGAACAAGUUUACAAGAUAUAUUUGAUGAUAAUGGCUUUCAUAAGAGCCCAUCAAAUCUCUGUAACCUCUGACGAAUUUAAUGAUGUAAAAAGAAAUCCAAAUGGUUUGAAGGAGCUGGUGAAGGCACACAAAGCCAGACGUCCCUAUUUACCCAGGACAGUCCCAGUUUUGAGCGCUGUGUCCCCUGUCCCAGCAGAUUUAUCCAAAACCAGUGAUUUGUCCAAGUUUUAUACAAAAAAUGUCCCAGGUGUCUAUAUUUUUGACCAAUUUAAAACCUUCCAACAGUAAAAAGAGGCAUAAAUUGGCAUUUAUUUAUGAAAAAUACAGAAAAACUGCUUAGAAGUGACCAAAACACAAAGAAUAUUGGACUGUACUGACUCAUGUUAGUUUUGAAUAAGUCAUGAAUGGGCUGAGUGCAGAACAAUUCUCCUUAAUUACGCACUUGUUUCACAGUUUAAUUAUUUCCAAUUGCACCAAACACAGUGUUCCAGUUUUUGAUUUUGAAAUCUGGUCUCUCUAACUGGAAGUUGCCUCGAGUUAAGUGAAAAGCAGAUAUUAUUUUCACACCGUUUAUGAAUUUUAUUAUAGGUAAAAGCUGCGUACAUGUUGAUCCGACAGCUUGACAAAUCAUAGAGGACAUGGAAAGCAGAACGCCCCUUUCCAUGUCCUCUAUGACAGUGGUUCUCAAACUGUAGUGUGGUCCUCCUUCAGAAUUUAGUCAAGUUUAUUCAGAUUCUUGUUUUGUUUUUGUCCUAGUUUACAUCUAAUAGUCCUGUUUUAGACCUGGUUUGGCUCUAGUGGUAUCAGAAGGCCAAAUAAUUUCUUUUGUUUGAAGUUUGAAAACCUGCUGCUCUAACGAUGAAACAAUGAUAACAGAGAGAACAUCAAUAAUCAAUUUCUAAUAUUUAUUAAGUUGCUGCACAAUUUCUUUACUAUUUAUAAACCACAUUACUGAUUAUGUGCUUGUUUAGUUUAGUUUAUUUGAUGAAACAGGGAGAGUGCACAAUAUACAUUAACCUUAACAGGAGAGUAGUGCCAGUGCUAAUUUCCACCUCUCGUCCCUGGGCAGGUUGAUGUUAUAGUUCAUAAAAUCAAACAUACAAAGAGAAUGUCUUUUAUAAUGUCCGAAUCAUCAUAACAAUUCUACAUCAUCAUUCCCACCCAGUUCCUCUUAGCAUCUUAAAAGCAUCAUCCUUAUCAAAAUCCUCAUUCAGUUCAUUCUCUCCAGAACAUCACACUCACUCCAGACUCUCAUCAGUUCACAUUAUGGCCGCAGGUUUGAUCUAUAUUACACAAAAUUGACUCUUUUGAGCUUUAAGCCAUGUUAUAAUGUUAUUACCUCAUCAAAAACAUACCUGAAGUUGAUGUUUUGUUUUAUUCACACAUGUUUGAGUAAUCCUUUUUAUUAUUAACCUACGUCUGCAAUGAUCAAAAUGUAAAAAAAUAGGCUAUAGUAUUGUACGAAAUGUUAGUGCUUUGUCCCACAAGUUCCACAAUUUCCAUGGAGAAGCAGGUGACGCCAAUAGGCCAACAGGGAUCAUUGCAGUGGAGAGCACAGGCCCUGUACAGGUCCCAAAACACACUGAGCGUCAGAUUGUCUCCAGCAGAUGAAGGCAGCACCCCGCCUCGUCUGCCGUCUGAAAGUAAUCUCCUCUCCAUAAACUCAGCUGGACAGGUAAAUGGCUGCAUGGCACAGGUUAAAGGAACAUUUUGGCCGGAGGAGGAGAAACCGAGGCCUGGUCUUUCACAGCCUGAAGAACUUAAAGAUCCUCCUCCAGAGUCUCUCGAGUGGUCUGACAACAAGAACUCCAUUUCCCAGAAUCCUGAGUUACAAGACCCUGGCUUCACAGCGACCUUUAUCACAGCCACAGGCUGUCCCACAAAGCGUCCCUGUCGGCGGGGGCGCCCUCCCUCUAAACCUGAGCCUGCAGAUGCGGGCAUGGCCUCUGGUGUGAGUCCUCUGGAGCAGCAGAGGAACAUGGCUCUUCUGGAGUGGGAGGGGCGCAUGAGGAGCCUGUCCCAGGAGCACGAGCUGUUAACAGAGAAGAGACGAGCGACGCGCCAGAAGGAGCGCGCCUACAGACUCAAGAAGAGGUACUACAGAGCCAAGCUCAGGAGGCUGGGAGAGGAGGUGCCCUCCUCCUCUGACAGUGAGAGAGACGAGGAGCAGAUGCUCACCACGGCGCACAGGGGCCUUUUAUAGGAGAAAGACGAUUUUAGAAUGUACAUAAAAUGUUUUUAUAUUUGCACAAAUAUCCAUCCAUCCAUUUUCUUCAGUUUUAUCUGGGGCUGGGUCAUGGAGGCCAAAGUCUGAGCAGGACUCCACACUUUCUCCAGCUCAAUAACAAAAAAAAACAUCCACACCAUUUUCAAACAGAUUAAGUCAGUUCAGUGUUGUUUGUUAAGUUGUAACAAUCAACAAUAUAAAAAAACUAGGCAGCGGGACCUCCUUGUGUAAAGAAAAGCUUAAAAGUGAUCUCAAACAUCUCCUGAAGCAAAGGUCCUUUAAAGAAAGAUCCUUUUCUGUUGACAUGAGCUGAUGUUUGGCCUAAAAGAAGUCAGGAGGUUGUUUUGUACCAGGAAGUGUCAGAUUAAUCUGGACAAACAGUUGUUUCAAUUGUUGCUCACUUUUGCACAAAGUCAUGUAAUUAUUAAAACCAACUAGAAGCACUAUUCAUGGCCAAUAUGGUACGAAAUGUAUUCCAGUUUCCUUUUUGCAUUUGGCAUUUGGAAAAAAAAUGUCGUCUUUACGUAAGAUAAGUUAAGAAGUGCCUGAGUGAGUCGUGUUUUCAGACAGUGAAAAUAUCAGAUAAACACAUUUUGCCUGUAGAAUUUGAAUUUUUUUGCAGUUCAUUUCAUUAAUUUGUUUAACAUGAUAACGUAGAGUCACAUAAAGCUAGUACAGGCACAGAACGGAAGAGAUACUAUUUUUCGUUAAUGGAGCUAAUUUCCAUCUGUAGAACCGUUUAUUUGCUCUUUACAAGUGAGAAAAUACUUGUCUUUAUUAUUUUCAGAAAUACAAGACAUUCUGCGCUUGUUCCACUUUUCAAUCUUAUUUUAAACGGUCAGAAUAUACAAUAAAAAUGAAUACUUCGUCAUUCAAACAUAUAUUGACGAUUUUUUUUCCAAAUAAAUUAAACCCAUGUAGCCUGUAUUUUACACUAAUAAAAAUGCUUUAAAGUCAUUUGAAACACAAAAACACUUUAAACAAAAACAGUUUAUUUUGUAAUCUUGUACUUAAUCUCAUUCUGUACUAUUGUUUUUAAUGUUUUUUAUGCCUUAUAGAAAUGCUUUGUUUUUUAUGUUACGCCGGAACAUUGCCAUAAUCAACUUUUUUCUUUUUCUUCGAUUGAGAAGGAUCUGACUGCAGACCUCCACCCAGGGGGGCUCCAGGAGGGGGGCUUGAGAUAUUUAUGUACCCCUAUAGCUCCUUUAAAGAUUUUUGCCCCAUUUUCAGAACACAUUCAAUCUUGUUUUUAUUCAUGAUGACAUGUUUUUAACCUUUGCGAGCAGAGUAGAGCAGAGACAACAAAAAGUUCAUUUCAGAGUAGCUAUGAAAUCUACUGGAGAUUGUUUUAAGUGCUCUGAACCAUUUGAAAUAAGCUAAAAUUAUCACCUUUAUUGAUAAAUCAUAUUACACUGUUUUCUGUUAUAAUGUUAUACUGUUGUUUCCUCAUCACAGACAGACCUGGAGCUGUGUUUUGUUUCAUUCACACACGCUCUGCAUUUUUAGGUGGAGUUGUUUUCUCAAGUAGAAAACACUUUGUUCCACCCUGUGAUGUCAUGUGGUAAACACAGGAAGUGCUCCACUGUGUUUGUAAACUCCAUUCACCUUCUCUAGAAUCAUUCGGAAGAGUUCAGGUCCGGAGUUGCGAAUCUGUAACCUGAUUCUUCAGCCGCUUUCACUUCGUCGAAACUGUCGGACCUCGUAGCAUUAGAAUUUUUUCGCUCGACAAAACACAGUGAGAGUAUAAUUUAUAUUUUAUCUAUAUAUAAUAAUUUAUAGAGAGCUUUAUUUUAUGUAUCCACACCACAGACUUGAUGGUGACGUCUGUAUGCCCCUUUGACCAAAGAGCCACUUCCUUAUUCCAAAUUAAAAACCAUAUUGUUUUAUCAAGCAUUUCACAACUGUAAGAAAGUACUUCCUCAGUUUUUUAAUUAGAUGUCAGCUCACAGUGGACAUAUAUUGACCUCGAGAGCUUCUUAUACAAUUUUGCUCAGAUUCAUUGGGAAAACACGGGUUUAAAGGGCCCAUAUUAUUAGCCUGAUUCAUCAGCCGGUUUCACCUCGUGGAGACCGUCUGACCUCGCAGCAUUAGGAUUCAUUCGCUCGACAGUAGGCGGGUACUUUUUUUCAUUUAAUCAAUCGCUGCUAUUUGGUCGUGAAGUAUGUAAUGCACCGCUGACGGGGAUAACUGGUCCAUUAAGCUUUUCCCAAAUCCUGUAGGAAGAAAGACAAUAACGUCUUUCCCCUUGAUAAAAUUCACCAAACAUUCUCUUUGUUCCUGCUUUAAAUCCUCGAUCUCGGGAAUUGUUGACGACACUGAAGGUCUGGCUCUUCGCUGAUUGGCUGGUGCUCGAACUCGCACUUCCGGGGGUUCUUGUAAACCGUCUAAGUGUAUUUUGAUUCCUGACCUAGUCGCUGGAGAGAAAUGAAAUUGAGCGGAGGCACUAGGUGGCUCCAGCCCGGCUAGUCAAUCUCUACGCAACAAAAGGUAAAAGGCAGCUGGUAACUUGAAAUCUACCACUACAUGACAUCACAAGGUGGAGCAGAGCAUUUUGAGCUUUGGAGAUGUAAACAGACUAAUAAUACAGGGUUACUCAAUCAUGUGAAUGAGCCAAAGCACAACUCCAGGUCUGUUUUUGAGGAGGAAACAACAUUAUAACAUGUCUUAAAGCUCACAAGAGGCAGUUUUGCGUAAUACAGCUUACUUCUUUAAUAGAAAAUGAACCAAGACAACAGCUGAUAGAAAGUGUAAUUAAGUUAUUUAUUAAGUAAACUGAUGAAAAGUGAUGAGGGACUUGUGGGUGGAGGUCUGUGGGGUGGGGUCCUCUGGGUGGAGGUCUACAGCCGGACUCUGUGCUUCAACGUGUAUUAUAGAAAAUGUAUUUAAAAAUGUGCUCCUACCGUUUCUGAAGUGGUACUUGAAUGCAGAUUUGUGUAAUUCUCUGAUGAAGUUUGAAUGUAUGAAAGUGGACCAGAAGAUUAAACAUUAAAAUAUCUGUGAAUAUGUAAUAAAAUGAUUAAGAACAUGA